UGAUAACCUACAUGCAUAUAGACCACAGACGGGGGCAAGUUUUCCUUAUCCGAGGCGGUUCAGACUUUAUCUGGCAGGGUGAAAUACUCCAUAACCUGGCCUGGACUGCUGAACCAGUCUAUUCGUAUACCCCUGGUAUUUGAAGGUGACCAUGGCCGAUAGACGAGCAAAGAAAGGGCUUGUGGAGCGACUUCAGGCAGGAGAAAGUGUUAUCGUGGCGGAGGGAUACGUACUUGAAUUAGAGCGACGAGGUUACUUGAAAUAUGGCGAAACUGUUCCAGAAGUGGUAUUGGAAAACCCGGAUGUGGUUUGUCAACUCCAUAAAGAGCUUGUUCAUGCCGGAAGUGACGUAGUAAUGGCAGUUACGUACUUUGGUCAUCGAGACAAACUAAAAAGAAUCGACAGAGAAGAUGACGUGGAGAAGCUUCACCGUACAGCCCUUCGAAUGGCGCGGGAAGUAGCAGACGAGACGGGAACCUUAAUGGCGGGAGACAUUUCUAAUUCCACUAUCUAUGAUCCAGACAAUCCAACAAUUAAUGCGUACGUGAAGGAAAUAUUCAAGGAACAAGUGGUGUGGGCGGUGGAAGAGGGUGCCGACUACAUCGUGGGGGAAACCUUCCGCCAUUUUGGAGAGGCCAUGAUGGCGUUGGAGACAAUUCAAGAGUUUGGCCAAGGUGUCCCAGCAGUUAUUACCAUAGUUCCAUACAAGGACGUAACUGUAGAUGGCGUCCCAGUACCGGAAGCGGUGAGGAGGUUGGAGGCCGCUGGUGCUGCUGCGGUGGGUUUAAAUUGCGGUAGAGGACCGGAGACGAUGCUACCGUUGAUAAGGGAGGUCAAGAAGGUCUGCCAGGGUCCUGUUUGCUGUUUACCGGUCUGUUUUAGGACAACCCCAGAGAGACCCGUGUGGCAAGCUCUUUCUAAUCCAGAAAAUGCAUCCAAUCCCGACUACGAUAUAGGAGCAUGGCAGUGUGGUCGCACAGAGAUAGGCAAGUUUGCCCAACAACUGAAGGAGCUUGGUAUCCAGUACACGGGGCUCUGCUGUGGUAACGCCGCCAAUCUCCUCAGGGUGGUGGCGGAGACGUACGGAAGGAGGCCGCCCGCCAGCCGGUACUCUUCAUACCCGGAUACUUCGGUCAGAAAUCGACCCAAGUUUGCACCGUUAAAUAUGUGAAGUGGCUUCAUAGGGGAGGUGAUGGCAUGUGUGUACAUGAGCGUGUACCCCGAAGAUAAUGGUGAUCAUUUAUUUCUC